AUGAGUGAGCGACAAGGUUCUGGGGCAACCAACGGAAAAGACAAGACAUCUGGUGAAAAUGAUGGGCAGAAGAAAGUUCAAGAAGAGUUUGACAUCGACAUGGACGCGCCAGAGACAGAACGUGCGGCAGUGGCCAUUCAGUCUCAGUUCAGAAAAUUUCAGAAGAAGAAGGCUGGGUCCCAGUCCUAG